GGAGUACCCUGCCCGCCGAGCCCCCGCUGCUCCCCCGGCUCUGCUCGGCCCGGCCCGGCCCGGCGGCACCGAACGCAGCCCACGCCCGGGGAGACAGCGAGGCAGCGGGAUCACCAGAGGGCACCAGGAACCGCGCUGGGAGCCGGGCCGCUGAAAGGCAGCGAGCGCGGCUGGCAGCUGGAGGGCUGUGUGAUUCCCCGGCCGGGUGCAGAGGUGGUGCUGUGAGCACAUGAAUAGUGUGCAGGGACUCCUGGCUGCCUCUGUGAUUUCCAUCCAGAAUUCCUGCUUCAUCUAUCCUGCCUGUCAAAACUGCUUUUCCAGGCUGAUACUGGAUUCCAGGAGGUUCCACUGUCUAAAAUGUGGCUGCACAGGUGAAGCUAAAGAUGCAAGCUACAGAUACAGGUUGUCCCUAAAGGUUGCUGACACCUAUGAUUUGUUUGACAUCACUGUUUUUGGAAGUUGCUUAGAUCCAUUCUUUGGGGUCACCGCAGAAAAUCUGCAGAGGUAUGUUCAAGACUUCAGUCAGCUGUCGGGAGAAACAAACACAGAGUCAUCUACAAGAGCAUUAGUUCAUGCAGUGGAAGCCUGUUUCAUUGGGAAAAGGUUUAUAUUUGGAGUGAAGGGUUUUGCAAGGGAAGAUAGAGGACAUUCUGCUGCCAGCAGCAUCUUGCAGAAGUGUUCCCGAACUAAUAGAAGUACAAAAAGCCUUGUAGCGUGCCAGAUCUUCCCACCAAAUGCUGCUGUUACUGGCUUUACUGUUAUCAGCUACUUAGAUCAUCUCCUGCAGUCGGCAAAAUUCAGGAGCUGUAACAACAGCUCAUAUUUACCUGAUGCCUCAUCCACUGCCAUAGAUGAACCUCUCAGUGAGCUCAGCAGCUUGUCUAGCCUGAGCAGGAACUCCUGUUUUGUUCAGUCUAGUGGCAGGGAAAGUUUUUUAGGGUGCUGGCAGCAAUCCUUCAGUCUGACUUCAUCUGUUGCUUGGGUAACAGCAGAAGACUUUCCCACUCUGGAAGUGGGAAAGCUGGCAAGUGAAUGGCAUGAACAAGAGGAGAGGCCUGUCUCUGCAGAAUUGGGCAGUGUGAGCUUCAACAAUCAAACUCUUUGGGACUCACAGUUUCUGAUCUCUCCUGUGAGGGAAGGUGAUAAAGAGAAGGAUAAUGAAUUGAGUUCACAGCUUAGACGGACUGACGGUUUCUCUGCAACUGAUAAACUGGAGAGAGUUUCCUCUUCAAACACUGAAUGUUCACAUGGAAACGGUUCCAAGUUAUUACAAUGUCCCUUGGAAUUUGAGGUAAAAAACAAUUACCCAAAAACUAAUAGUAGAAAUUAUUGUUACCUGGAAAAAUCCCCCAACUCACUUGUUUGCAAGAGAGAUGCCUCAGGUCUGAAUCACAUAAAUGUAGCUGGAGUGUCUCAGAUGGACUCUAUGCUUUGGGAAGAGCUCCCAUUCUCAGAAAGCCUAAAUGAAUUGUUAGCCAGAAUCGAGGAUGGCAGGAGUGUUGGAAGAUCGCCCAGCCUUGAUGCAGGCAAACAUGUCCAUCUUAAAAGUAGCAAGUUGGGUGUGAAUCUUAACAAAUCAUAUUCCAGGCAAGCUGUAGGUGAUUUGCCUGCAGCCAGUGUCUCAGGGAGGCUCUUGCCAUCAGCAGAGAACGAUAGUUGGGAGAACACAGUGUUUGCUUGUCUUCAGUCAAGUGCAAACCCUCUGAGUGAUGUCUCACAAUAUGAGUCUUCCCCUAGGGAUUUAUCUUCAACCCUCAAGGAAAGUGGAACAUCCUCGCCAGUUACGCCAGAGCCUUUCGUUUCUCAGAGCAGAUGUGUGCAGUCCAAAGAAGCAUCUUGGUCUGUCAUUAGGCUGCAUGGAGAAGCCUCCUGUUCAAAGAAGAGCAAGACAGCCACCUGUGUGCAUUCUGCAUGUGAAAGCUGUUUAACUGCUUGUGAAAAUAAAGAAAACUGUUCUACACCAAGCCAAAAAGCAGAUCUUACACUCACAGGGGCCCAGGUCUCUGAUCCACCAACUCCCAACAAUGCAAGAAGGAUAUAUAAAAGAGAAUUAAAACCAUUGACAGAACUGUCAGAUAAUACCUUCAGAAGUGUUAUUAGGAAAGAGCUGCAGUGGAACACCUUUCCUGAAGGCAGCUACAAUGCUUCUGCUGAUCUCUUUGAUGCAAGUUUAAGAGAGGUGGCAAAACCUGUGGAAUUCUUAAAUAAAUCAUGUAAUUCUUUCAUACAGGAAGAUACUUUGACCGAGAAGGUCACAACUGAAUCGGUGCUUUCUCCUGGAGGUGUUCCUUGUGACAAUUCAUCCCUACACAGGUCCCCUCGUGCUUUUAGCAAGCACAGUACACCUGUAACUUACUCUUUUUGUGAUUCAGAGUGCAGUUCAGUUUGCGCUCAGGACUUUGUUCCUUAUUCACAGUCAACUCCCAUGACAAAGCCUCUGCAGAAGCUGUGGCCUAUUGAGGAAAGAAGCUCUUGUAUCACCGUCUUCACCCCUAAAAAUCCCACUAAAAUCCAUUCCAAAUGCAAGCGAUCCAGGUCUUCCUUUCAGAACACUCUGCUGCAGCAGCUUACCAGCAAGUUAGUGAAACGUGGGAGACCAGGGAACAGGGAAGAAAAGGGAAGUGGUAGCUCUGCUUCCCAGCAGUUCCUUAACAGCCAGCUGCCUGCCAGCUUGGAGGAGUGCAUCCCUCCAUCUUCAAAAAAAGGGCUGAAACCAACUGCAUCUUUAAGUUUAAAAACAGUUACCUGGGCUGCUGAGUUGCAAUCCACCUGUGGGCACGCUGGCAGGAACCCUAUUUCCGAAAGCAGAAAGAACAGUGAAAAUGGUGAAAAUCUCAUCCAAAAUGAGAGAAUAAGCCCUGGGGGUAGAGCCAGGAUUCUAACAACUCCUUUAUCUGCAAGUGUCACCAAGACCUCAUUUUUAAAUGAUCCAGUCCUGAAAACUUGUUCCCCUUCAGAAGGUGAGAAUCACCUCUCAAGUGGAAAUUACUCAGGGGUUGUGUUGGAAGGGCCAACUGUCUGGUCUCCUGAGCUGUUCUUCCAAGCACGGACCCCUUUUUCCAAUAAGCCAAAAUGCUAAGAAAGAUACAUUUCUAUGCUGUGUUCUUUUUAAUUAAUUUUUUUAAACUUUUGGAAAGGAUCCAGUGGAAGAAAAGAGCUAUUUAAAACUUAAAUUGUUUAUACACCUGUUGGCAUAUGUCUUGCAAAGAGGAGGUGGGUUUAUUUUCAGACUUUUGUACCACAGUGAUGAGGGAAAUUAAAAUUUGUAUUUUCUUGAAAAUUAAUUAGGAUGUGCAAUAAACACUUUUGUAAAUGUGUGAGUAAUGAAUAGAUCUCACUUCAUAGUGUACAAGUAGGUGAAGUAUUUUUAUAUGUUCACUGUUGUCUUUACAUCACAAGAGCAGCACUGGAAUCCAUAUCCACUCCAGAUUCAUGACUGGUGACCCUCUCAGGAGAAGGGCCAAGUUUUCAUUGAAGAUUUGAUGGUGCCUUGGAUCUGAGCCCAUUUGGGAUCCUGUGACAGCUUUGAGCUGGGUGAAGGGGGCCAUCCUGAGAGCUUGAUAGCAGCUCCCAGUUUUCCUAUGGGCUUUUUCAAGUUAAAGACUGCUACUGGCAGAUUCCUGACGGUGUCUUUCAUCUCCCUGCUUUAAGGUCUUCCAUAUCCCCAAUCUAGAGCAGUUGCAUUUAGGAUCAUUGAACAGAGAAAUCUUGGAUCUGCUGCUUGUAAGCUUGUAAUUUCUACAGCACCCACUUAAGCCUCCCUCUUUGUUCAGAAGAGUUUUUCAUGAAUAAGGACAUUUACUCUCACUACCUUGUUCCUUAUCCAUGAUUUUUAAUGUGGACCACCAUCACAGAACAUACUGGUAAACUUUUUCAGUUUUUCAGUCUCUAGCCUAAGUUCUGCACCUUUUAAUCAAAUGCUUUUCCCUCUGAGGGGUGGGAGGGAGAAGGCUAUUUGGAAUGAAACAAGCUUCUUCUGUGGCUGAGCAGUGUAUAAAUGAGGUACAGCCUCUCCUGCCAAGGGUGCAGAUGUGCUGAGGCUGUAGGCAGACCCAAGAAGAAAGUUAACACGUGGUUAUGCAGCAGGUCUGCACAGGUAAAUUCCUUCUACAAAGAAGCUUUUGCCAGUAAGCACUGGUUGGCUUGGUUAUUAUUUUUUUCUCCUUAUUUACAGUUGAAAUCUAGGCACAGGUUCAAAGACUUGCCUGACAUUGAAAGGACAUGGAGUACAGCUCUGGAGAUCGCUGAAAGACCUUAUCUCUCUUGCUGUCCCCAGCAAGAUAAUCAAGCAAAAGGUUUGGUGUUUAAGGAUCCUGCAACAGCAGAUGGCAGUGGAAAGAGGCACAAGAUUCCUUCUGACAGGUUCAAGCCUAGAGCCCUGCUGUCCCUGAACUCUAGACAUAAACAGAAGAAAAAGGAACAUCUUGUUACAGCAAAGAGGGAGACUGAAAAAGGGCAGAAUUAGACAUCACAAUUUUUAACAAUGUUUAAUUGAUAAGCUGAUGAUAUUUUUAAACAGAGCGAGGAAAUUUAGGUUAGAUACACAGAAAAAAAUUCUUCACAGUGAGGGUGGUCAGGCACUGGCACAAGUUGCCCAGAGAAGCUCUGGAUGUGGAUGCUCCGUCCCUGGAAGCGUUCAAGUCCAGGGUGGAUGAGGCUCUGAGUAGCCUGGUCUGGUGGAAGGUGUCCCUGCCCAUGGCAGGGGGAUUGGAACAGUCUUAAAGAUCUUUGAAGUCCCUUCCAACCCGAGACCAUUCUGUGGUUCUGUGACAAGGCAACCUGUGAAUGGAGCUGCUUGCUAAGGGCGGUGCCAGUGACAGCCCUGCUGCAGGACAUGGCAGGGCUCUGCUGUAAGGGACACAGAGCUCCCUGUGCAGGGCUUCCUGGCACAGCCAGAGGGACAGGAGGGCUUUGCAAGCUGCUGCUGAGCUGUCCAGCUGAGCUUUAGCCCAGCAAAUCAGCACACCAAAACCACACCAGGGCUGCUUCAAUCAGGGUAGGGCAGGGCUCCAGGAUGAGGCCAAGUGAAAAGUCCUGGACUCGUGCCUGCAUUUACCAAGCACUGUGCCUAUUGAAAAGAUUUAUUUGCAAAUAAAAUCCUACUUGGGGAUUUUAUUGGGGCAAGUGGGAAAAGAGUAAGAAAGAUUGCCUGUUUGGAAAUUAUAUAUCUGCAUGUAGGGCUUAUGUAGAAGAAAUGAAGUGAAAGCAUUACUCAUACCCAAAUCAUUCAGCAUAGGGAAAGCAAUACAGAAAAGGUGUUAAGACAUCGUAAUACUUGAAACCAGUUUUUUCUGCUACAGCAGAUAAUAGGGUACUGCAGUUAUCAUUGGCUCUUUAAGCAUUCCCUGGUGAUGAACUGGACAGAUCCCUCUCUAUCACCAUGGGUUAGAACUGAUCCAAGUGAGACACCAGAGACUCGAUGAAGCUAGCUAUGAAACACUGCCAGAGCUUCUACAUCAUAUACAUGACAGCAUCUUGACAUGGAAUGUUUGGUCCAGCAUGAGUGAUAUUUUUCAGCAGACAAUUCAUUCACAUACAACGGUAAGUGAUAGCUUUGGUGCAGGCUGAUGUGAUUAUAAUUAUAAGCUUGUGCAAAAAGACUAAAGCUCAGCAUGUU